AUGUCUGAGCCAUCCGCUCAGUCGCCUAAAGCUCGCACGCUCAUCAGCUCCGGCUCAGCCUUCGAGGAGCAGAUCGGAUACUCACGCGCCGUCGUCACGGGCGAUUUUAUAUUUGUCUCUGGAUGUACCGGGUAUGAUUAUAAGACCGGCGCUAUAUCCCCCGACAUCGUCGAGCAGGCAGAGCAGUGUCUGGUAAACGUGGCGUCGGCGCUCGCUGAGGCGGAUUCGAGUAUAGAGGACGUCGUCCGCGUCACGUACACGGUUCCCGAGCGCGAGGCGUUUCCGAAAAUUUGGCCUGUCACGAGGAAGUGGUUUGGCAAUGCACGGCCUGCGGCUACGAUGAUCUCGGCUGGGCUCAUGAAGGAGGAGAUGAAGCUUGAGAUCGAGGUCACUGCUGUCAAGGGUUCGGCGAGGAAGUGA